AUGGCGCCCUCCGCAGCAGCUGAGGUCGCGCCAAUGCAGCUACCCGUCUACUCGAAGGGCUUGAGCAGCAUCAGUGCUUCUGUCUUGCAUGGGCCACGAGAUUUGCGAUUGGAGGUGAAAAGCAUUGCAGAGCCCACCGUUGGCGAACUCCAAAUCUCUGUCAAGUCAACAGGGAUAUGUGGCUCAGACGUCUCUUACUACAACAAGUUUGCCAAUGGAGACCUCUGUGCCUGCAGCCCCCUAUCACUGGGCCAUGAGUCGUCGGGUACGGUGGUGGCCAUUGGCCCCCAAGUGAACGGGUUCAAACUUGGCGAUCGAGUCGCCCUCGAAGUCGGCAUCCCUUGUGGCCAGUGUGGUAUUUGCAGGAAGGGCAGGUAUAACCUGUGCAAGAAGAUGCGGUUCAGGAGUAGCGCCAAGAGCUUUCCUCACUUCCAGGGUACUCUACAGGAGAGGAUCAACCAUCCAGCUGCAUGGUGUCACAAGCUUCCCGAUCAUGUCUCUUUCGAAGCUGCAGCGCUCCUCGAACCUUUGUCGGUUGCCAUUCAUGCCGUGAAUCGAGCUAGUCCUACUCCAGGCUCGACGGCUCUCGUGAUGGGUGCCGGGGCCGUCGGUCUCUUGACCGCUGCCAUGGCACGCCAGGCAGGAUGCACCUCGGUCACGAUUACGGAUAUCGAUGCCGGCCGAGUUGACUAUGCGGUCCAGCGAGGUUUUGCCACUCACGGAUUCGUGGUGCCUCGUUCUCUACGCAAUUCAUCCAGCAGCUCCGGUUCCUCCACACCUCUCGAGCCUGGCGCGAUGACACCCUCGAGUGUAUUUUCAGACUCGAUCCACGGUCAGCUCGAAGGCGCCAAGGGUCUAGCUUCAGACAUACUCUCCAUCACCCAGCCGCUGCCGCAGUUCCAAAACGAGGAUGAAGAUGAAGGCGUCGACAUAAGCUUCGAGUGCACUGGCAAGGAAGUAUGCAUGCACACAUGCCUCUACGCCACCCGGCCAGGUGGCAAGGUCAUCAUGGUGGGCAUGGGGACCCCUAUUCAGACUCUGCCCAUUUCGGUUGCGCACCUGCGAGAAGUCGACAUCCUCGGCAUCUUCCGGUAUGCAAACACAUACGCGACCGGCAUCCGCUUACUCUGUGCCCGGGAGUACGGAGGUGCCGUGCUAGUGCUACCCAGCCUCGAUGACAUGGUGACUCAUCGCUUCAAGGGGCUCGGAGCUGCAAAGCGCGCCUUCGAGAUGGCGGGCCGCACUGUGGACGAUGAUGGCAACCUCGUGCUCAAGGUCGUCAUCGAAGCUUAG